AUGUCUAAGGAUCUAGUGGACGAACAAGGAUUAUCAGCCUAAACAUCAAGAUCGUCAUCGCCUUAAGAUUAAUCAAGAAGAAAAAAAUAAUUUUAAAUCCAUUUUUUUAUUGAAUAGAAAUACAUAAAAUCAGAAGAAUUGAAAAAUAUAUUAGAGGAUGUGAAUGUACAAAAAAUAACAUAGUUUAGUCAUAAUAUGAUAUCAAGUCUAUUCAAAUGAAUCGAAAUAAUCAAAUUCCUGGACUAGAAGGAACAGCAUUUUCAAUUAUUGAUUCUGAUGAUAGCAAAUUAAAUUCAUAACUUGAAGCCAUCAAUAAAAUACUACAAUUAAUUGAAUAAAAAAAAAAUUCGAUUUUUGAAAUGAUGAUGCUAAUACCUGAAGGUAGAAAAUUCUAUAAAUUUUAGGAACUGUCUCAUACUUAAUAGGAACAUCAGGAAAACAAAUUAAAAAUAUUUAACAAGAGACAAAAGCAGAUAUUGUAGUAAAUAAUGCCAUAAAUAAAUUUUCUUUAAGAUCGGUGAAAAUAGCUGGUAUUGAUUUAAUAAUAUUAUUUAGGCUCGUCUAAUUGCAUAUAUAAUGCCAUUAAAUUAAUAACAAAUAAACUACAUUAAAGAGGAAUUACUGAGGAUGACUACAUAAAGCGAGCUGAACCUUUAGACCCUGGAAAAGUUGUUACUAAGGUAUUUCUAAUUAAUAAAGAGGUUUAACUUGUUUUUAUGGAUGUAAUAGUGGAUUACAUUCUCAAAAAUAAAGAUUUAGAAAAAAAAUAUUAAUUAAAAAUGAAAGCUAAAAGUUGUAAUGAAAUCCCAAUCAAAGUAUAUUAUUGAAAUUAGAGUUUUAGAAUAAAUUAAAAAAAGAUGAGGAAAUAUUACAAUUAGUUGGCACUUUGAAAAAUGUGCAAGAAGCAAUUAAAUCCAUAAUUCGCAGAAUAAGCUAACAAUUCAAGAGAAUUGAUUUUGAUGUUAGAGUAGUUAUGCCAUCUAAUUUUGCAUCCAAAUUAAUAGGAGCUAGUAAUUUAUUAUCAUAUAUAAUCUUUUUAAAGAGGGGUGUCAAAUAAAAGAACUUGCAAAUAAAGCCAAAGGAGCAUAAAUAAAAGUAAUGUCCGAUAAAGAUGAUACUGAUAUAGGAUAAUGUAAUUCAUAAAUAUAGUUAGAUUGUUUGGUUUAAGUGAUUGGAUCAGUGGACCAUAAGUUAGAGGCAACAGUGUUAAUAUUAGAAUAGAUAGAGUGUUUUAAAAAUGGAGGACCUGUAUUAAAAUAAUUAAAAAGAUCCUUGAAAGCGGAAAGUACAUAAAUGAAAACUUUGCAUAAUAAUACAAAAAUUCAGUUUCGAUCCAGGAUAUGAAAUUCAAAAGGUUAAGCCAUAUUACUAAUUAUUCAGAUAGAAAUCUUCAUCAUCCAGCUCUAUUAGAAGAGAAAGAUCCAGAUCAGAAUCAAACAAAAGACAUAAAAAAUAAAAGAAAUCUAGAUCAACUAGGUACUUCUAAUCAAUAGAAAAAGUUCAAAUAAGCGAAAAAUCAAGCAAAAACCAUUUCAAACGAAAAUAGUCGUUCCGAUCUAUUUAAUUGAAGAAAUUUAGAAAAAACUAAAUCAUAUAGGAAAAGAAGAAGGAGUUCAUAUUUAAGCUGGCAGCAGAGUAUAAUUAAGCAAUUUUAAUAUUUUAGGAAUUCAAAGAUGAAUUUGUUUUGAAAUUGAGAGGAGAAAUGAAAAGUUGCUUGACUGUAAUCUAGUAUAUUUUAAGUGAAUAAUGUAAAUUAUAAAGAAGAUGA